AUGUCCAGUCUCGCCAAGACCUUCGCAAAGACGAAGCUCGGGCCGCUACCGCCAGAACCGCCUGUCUAUGAAGAUGUCGAGCACGAAGAUGAUUCCUCCUCCGCUUCCUCUAUGUCGAGCACCGGCACUGUAAUCCCUACGUCUUCACAGCGGCCUGCACCAUCCGUUCGUUGGUCUGAUUAUUUCUCUCAGGAGUUCUAUCUCGAGCGUCUGUCGCCGGAUUCGAGCCAUGCAAAGUUCCACGUAUACUUGACCCCUCCGAAUUCCGCUAAGGCUCCAUUACUGGUGUUGCAUCAUGGUGCCGGAAGCUCUGCACUGAGCUUCGCUCUGUUUGCCAAGGAGCUUCAGAAACAGCUUCCAGAUGCGGGGAUACUGGCUGUGGAGGCAAGGGAUCAUGGGAGUGUGGUUUGGGGCCCAGAGGGGCAUGUUGAUAACGAUUUGUCGAUUGAUCUUUUGAGUCAGGAUAUGGUGGAUAUGAUGCACCUCACACAGGCAAGGAUGGGCUGGAAAGAGUUACCCACCGUCGUUUUGAUAGGACACAGCUUGGGUGGUGCUGUGGUCACGAAUGCUGCAAAGCAAGGGCUCCUGGGGAACAAGUUGCUUGGGUACGCUGUUUUGGAUGUGGUAGAAGGUUCAGCUAUGGAGGCAUUGAAACAUAUGCAAGCGUAUCUCGCCAAUAGACCGAAAAUGUUCCCUACGCUGGACGCCGCAAUUGACUGGCAUAUUCGAUCUCGGACGUUGCGAAACCCAAAAUCUGCAAGAGCCAGUGUUCCGAGUCUGUUACUACAGACAUCCGAAGGUCGAUGGGCAUGGAGAACCGAUCUUUCUACAACGGAAGCAUACUGGGAGAACUGGUUUUCCGGUAUGAGUUCCAAAUUUCUGGGCGGGAAGGGUGCAAAACUGCUCAUGCUCGCUGGUACUGAUCGGCUGGACAAAGAAUUGAUGAUCGGGCAGAUGCAAGGGAAAUUCCAGCUCCAAGUCUUCCCCUCCGCCGGCCAUUUCCUUCAAGAAGACCAGCCGGAGAGGACUGCAGAGGUCGUUGUGGAGUUCGUGAAACGCAACGACCGCAGCGCAUUGGUUCUCCCCCCGAAAGUAUCAGAUCUUCUAGCGCAAGGCAAAAAGGUCUGA